ACAGYAYYCAUGUAGGGRAAAUCUGGAACAGAUAACAAAUGAUGACAAUCAGCUUACAAACUGUUCUAGAGAGUCAUACGUGAAUCCCUCACAUUACCCAAGAACAACAUCCAAUGACAAAUACAUGAACCAURGAGACGCAGAUGAUGACCAUCAUCCCCAAUGGCAUCAURGGAGUGCAGAAUUAAGCUCAAUUCUUGGAAUGAAAGAAUCACAUAAUUCAUCUUUUUUGUCUCAUGGAUUUUCAAAUCCAACCCAACGUCUGCCAUCUCAUAUAACAAAUACCAAUCAGGGAUUAAUAUCCUCUCACACUCCCUCAGAAACUACCAGCCAUAGUAAAACACUUCCAUCAGAUAUACUUAGUUCWAGACUACCAUCUGAAGCAGUUGGGUUGAAAUUACAGCCAACAGUGGACGCCCAAGAACCUGAAUCAUGUAUAGAUGAAGGAGUAUUAAUACAUGGUGAAGGUGUACCUAAACCAUUCCUGUCAAUGGUAAACUGUCCUCUACAUGAGAAAGGCUCUAGAYUGGAUAUCACUGUACCAACACCAAUUCAAAGGCACAUGUGGCCAGCCUUACUAAGGGGRAGGGAUGUCGCAGGAAUAGCAUCUAAAAAUGCAGGCAAGAAGUUAGCCUACCUUCUACCCAUCAUGGAGCAAGUCAUGGAAUCUUCUAUAUAUUCAGAGUUGCCAUUGACAAAUGGGCCAUUGGCUCUGAUAUUGUGUCAAAGUUGGAGUGAUGCCAUCAAUGUCUAUAAAGAAUGCCUAAAGAUACUUGGUAAUCGAAGAACAGCUCGUGUUCAUGUCAUCUUUGGAGGUGGUGCAGAACAAGAACAAAUCAUCCCUGUCUUAAAUGGCUGUGAGGUUCUUGUAGCAACAGUCCCCUGCUUUUUACGCAUGCUUAAACACAGCUACACACCACUAGACCGCCUCUGCCACAUAGUCUUUGACAAUGCUGACAUCUUAGUGGAAGACUUUACAUCAGAGCUAAAGGAUAUCAUGAGAGUUUAUGGUCGUCAUUUGGUUUCACAACCGGGCCGUGUUGCCCCAAGACAAACYGUUGUUAUGGCAACAUCUUGGACUGUAGGUGUGGCAUCCCUUGUCCGUGCCUACCUUGGGAAUCCUUUGAUAAUAAUAGAUGAUAAAGUWGAAGCAGCUGUUUACUCUGGAGUCAGRCARACUGUAGAGUURUGCUCUAUGAAUCAAAGGCUCAAUCGCCUGUUGGGUUUUCUAGAUAAUGCUGACAGGACACAUGAAAUUGUUGUGUUCACCAACACAGCUCAAGAGGCUGAGUCUCUUGGAGAAGUACUAAGAAYAAACAACCACUUUGUUCUUGUGGCACAUGAGUUUUUGAAUCCACAAACCUUAGCGGAMAUYAGAAGACAGUGGUAUACUCCACAUACAGUUGAUCUAAUGCCUAUUUUAGUGCUUACUGAUGGUGUUCUCAUGGGAAAACAGCUGACCAUACACAACGCGUCUAUGGUGAUACAUUAUGAUUUACCGCUCAUCAAAAACAAAGAAAAGUUUGGACGUAGGUUCUUCUGCAUGGCUCGUACGUUUACGAAUAACAAGGAUCAUGGCUGUCUUUCAGUUAUCUUCAUCACUGAAAAUUGUAUGCGACAAGCAACAAUUGCUCAUGAAUUGAUGAAAAGGACAUCACAAGUUAAUCCAUCAAUGGACACUUCUGUUGAYCCAARCRGCCCGCAAACAUUAACUACUACUUUACUAGAACAAAUGGCUGAUACUGCACAGAUGGCUAAAGAAAGAGACAAAAUGAACACUGAUUUGUGUGACUUUCUCAUGGCUUAUGGAAGUUGCAGGACCUUUACUGACAAGAAGAAGUGCACUAUGAGACAUGUCAUACUGAAUGAAGAAGAUUUUCCUUAUGACUUGCCGACAAYGGGCAUUGUCAAGGUUCUUGUUCUACACGUCAUGAAUGCAACGUGUUUAUGGGUACGUAUCCUGGAACACAGGAACCCCAAAGGUGAAAMCAUCCAAACMAGCRGUAGUGGGAGUAAAUUUGUUCAGAUGACUGUUGACAUGGGUAUGUGGUAUAGUAACGAAGCCAAUAGGAAGAGGGUCAGCAUGCCAAGAGUCUCUGACCUGUGUGCAAUAGAGGAAGAUGGAUCUUAUCAUCGGGUAAAGAUUUGUGAUAUUAUGCGCAAGAACUCACAGUCUGGAAUGCCUUUAGAUGUACAGGUGCAGUUUGUGGAUCAAGGAAGCUAUCAGAAUGCUAAGAUCUCUGCUCUGUUACAAUUACCGCCACAGUUCCAUACUCUUCCAUUCCAGGCUGUGCAAGUGUUUGUUUGCCGAGUCAARCCACAAGACAAAAGUCUGCAAUGGACUCCAAAGGCCAACCAUUUUGUCCGAAAUCUUGUUGAGGGUAAAGAACUUGAAGGCAAAGUAGUUUUAAGCCUAAACAAUACAAUAUGGCUGGAUCCUUUGUGGGAGAARAAAAUACUGAAAAGCAUYCAAGUCACCACCAACAUCAACAACAUCAGAGUUGAACUACUCAAAAAUGGACUUGCAGUAGAAAAUAAACAACACAUUAAASAACUGAGGAAGCUUUGYGAGGAUGCCAUUGAUCUUUCCAUUUUUGAUGGGGAGGAAACUGUAGGAUGUGACUCGUCAACAACUCUUGAGACAGUUGUGUUACCUGAAGAGGACUUCCAGGAUAUUUAUGURUCAGCUGUUGAUACCCCAGGAAUGUUCUUUGUUCAGCUUGCUUGCUAUAAAACACAACUAGAAGAGCUUCAGACCAAGAUUGAUGAGGGAAUCAAUGCUGUGCAGUAUGAUGAUGAUGAUGAAAUUGUGAUUGGAUCAAUUUGUGUGGCCUGCUUCACUAGUAAUGAUGUGUGGUACCGUGCCCGUGUACUUGGUAUAAGACCUGAUAAUGAAUAUGAUGUGUUUUAUGUUGACUAUGGUGAUCGYGAAUGGAUAUCACGUGAUAGAAUACGCCCAGCUUGGCCAGAGAUACUUACCCUACCCCUACAGGGUAUUGAAUGCUCAUUAGUCAACAUCGUACCACUAGAGAAUGACUGGACGACUUCUGAUGGAGAUGCAUUGUGGGAUAUGUGUCAGGAGAAGCCGCUUUUUGCAAAGGUCAAGUCCAAGGUAGCAUCGUUAAUGUCYGGCUGUCAUCGGUUUGUAAUUGAGAUGAUUGACACAUCMACAAGUAUUGAUAUUGUCUUAAGCAAUGAGCUUGUUGCUGCUGGGCAUGCUCAGACAUCCCCUGAAGGUAUCCAGACUUUAUUUCCAGAGGCAGCUGUACAGCUUUCUCAGCAGGACUACAAGCAUGAGUUUGAGAGAAUCCCGGAUAUGUGCAGGGAUAUUUUGCAAUCACGGGAUCCGUCUCAACGUGUAAGCAUUGCCAAGUCUUUACAAACUGUAGUGCUAAAUAGCUUGAAUGUUAAGGAUGCAGUUCGUGAGGGGGGUGGUGUAAAAUCAAUUUGUCGGCUUCUUGCACUAACAAGGUCACCCGCUGUCCAAGAACAUCUUCUCGUCAGUCUUGAAUGUCUAACUUUCCAGAAUGACAGUAAUUGUGAAGAGGCAAGAAGAGAAGGAGGCCUCAAGUCCUUGUGUUUGCUUAUGGAAAAGAGCCAAAACCUGGCCGUGAAGGAACAUGUUGCCUGGACACUAAAGAACCUUGCUGUUACUGACAGAAACAAAGACACUCUUCGUGAAUUGGGAGGAGUUGGAAUACUAUGUAGAGAGCUGGAGAAUACAAUGGAGGACAAAGUUCAGGAACAAUUAGCCUGGGCACUUGAGGUUUUAGCCACAGAUAAUGCAAAGAACAGUAGAGAAGUUUACGACUAUGGAGGCGUAAAGACACUCUGUGAACUAGUAUCCAGUACCUCWCAAGAGUUUGUACUCGAGAGAGUCACCAGGACCCUUGGCACUUUGGCUGCUGAACCAAGGUAA